AUGGCCGACGAUGCUGAGAGCUCGUCCGACGAGAGUCUCGACCUGACAAAUCAGGAUUUCGAUGCCCUGAGGGCCCUAUAUUCCCGAAAAACAAUUAUACCAGUACCUGGGGCACCUACGUACGAUAAUUUGACGAAAUGGGAGUCAAUUUUCAAGGGGAUAACCGCGAAGAAAAACGCGAAAAAAGAUGACGAAGAGGGUCGAAAAUUUUUGCCACAUCAGGGGUUAAUCCAGGGACAAAGACGGGGAAAACCAAUCGAGUGCUACAAAAAUAUUCUUGGAAAAAUGCAAAAUACGUUUGGACCCCUUCGAGUACUCUAUAACUGUAUGCAAACCAAGACAAAAGUUAAGGUGUACACCAGAGGUGCAAGAGGAAUCAGAGGACACGUGGAAGCCUAUAUUGCAGCUUUUGACAAACACUGGAAUUUAGCAUUAGAGGAUUGCCUUGAGGUUUGGACACGCAAGGUCAAGCGAAAAGCACCGGCACUGGGGUUGCCCCAACAAUCGGUAACCAUUGAUGAGGACAUGCCGAAGGUCAUCGUUAAGGAAUCUAACGGAAAAACCGAGACCUUGGAGAGACACGUGCCGCAAAUGCUGCUGAGGGGCGAGCAAGUAGCUGUUGUUGUCAAAAUUCAGUGAAUGUUUUCUUCCAUUAUUGAGAGAUUGAUGAAUUAAGUUGACGAAGAUGUCAAAUAAAUAAGGAAAAUAACAAUU